UGUCUAGACAGUCUUCCUUUGUUAAGUUCCUGUCUCAGUGUCUCUUCUUUCUCUCUCUCUCUCUCUCUCUCUUUGUUCCUGAUCAAUGGCGUACUGGGUGAUACUGACCAGCAUUGCUGCCUCUUCUGUCCUUGCACUAGGUGCUCUAUUCUACUUCUGGAGAGGAGAUAAGAAAUCCAAACACCGCUACGGCUCAUUCGCUCCAGUGAGAGAGCAGGCCGUUGUGAAGUGGCUCGUAGAUGGUAAGGAUCACAUGUCAGCCAUUGCUGAUGCUAUAGAGAAUGCGUCCAAAGAGAUCCUCAUCAUAGAUCACAUACUCAAUCCUCAUAUAUUCAUGAAGAGGCCAGAUAAUGGAGUGGACAGCAACUACUGGAGACUGGACCUGAUGCUCCUAAGAAAGGCAGAGGCUGGUGUCAAGAUAUACAUACUCCUCUUUGAUGAUGCAAAACUGGUUGGGUUUAAUCUUGGGGUAUCCUUCACGAUGAAGACACUUGUCCAUAAGAACAUUCACAUCCACUCCCACCCGACCGUCCUCACAGCAAUCACCCACGGACUGCCAGGCAUUGGUCUCUGGAGUCAUCAUGAGAAGGUACUGGUGGCUGAUCGGGCCAUAGCUUUUGUGGGCGGGAUUGACCUUUGCUUUGGACGCUGGGGAAUACACAGCCACCCACUGACCGAUAACUAUCCACUCCACCCGUCCCUAGGUAGUGAACAAUCCAGUGACAAUGGAGGACUGAGGUACAGGAGGUGGAUUGGAAGGGACUAUCGUAACUCCUUCAUAAGAGGAUUCUCUGAUUACACUCGUCCACUGGAAGAUCACCUUGAGAGAGAUACUGAGCAUAGGCUACCCUAUCAUGAUGUGUCUGUGACUUUUACUGGCCAGGCAGUUCAAGACGCAGUGGAACACUUCAUUCAACGAUACAACUCACUGGAGAAAGGAUUGGCCUCUCACCCUAAACUAUCACGUGGAGCCAUUGGAGGACAUGAUCAUACGAUAACUGAUCCAACUGGUGCUGGGGUCAAGGUACAGCUGGUUCGAUCGGUGAGUCAGUGGUCAGCUCGGCAACCACUGGAACACUCCAUUUAUGAUGCCUACCUCUCCCUCAUUUCUUCUGCUAAACACUUCAUUUAUAUUGAGAACCAGUUCUUCAUAUCCUCACAACCCGGGCUACUCAUCAAGGUCAAUAAUAAUGUAAUUGAGACGUUAGCUGAGAGGAUCACUAGAGCUCACAAGAACAAUGAGAACUUUCAUGUCAUAGUGGUAAUGCCACUGAAACCAGAGUUUGCUGGUAACUGGGAAGAUGAUAGUGGGUAUGAUCUUAAGGCAGUUAGUUACUGGAACUACUCCACAGUCCAGACUGGAAAGAACUCGCUAUACAACCGACUGAUGGCUAGCGGAGUACCUAAAGAAAAGAUACCUCAAUACUUCUCAAUAUAUGGACUGCGUAAGUACGACCGACUGGGAGAUAAGGUAGUGACUGAAACCAUAUACGUCCACAGUAAAGUGCUGAUAGUUGAUGAUAGGGUGAGUGUAAUAGGAUCAGCUAAUAUCAAUGACAGGAGUAUGAUGGGUAAGAGGGACUCUGAGAUGUGUCUAAUCAUUGAAGACACUCAAAUGGAGCCAGGGACUAUGAAUGGAGGAGAGUUUGAGGUUGGAAAGUUCUCUCACAGUCUCCGCUGUCACCUCUUCAGAGAGCACCUGACCCUCCUUGAUGAGGAGAAAUAUUUUGCUUCUGAUAUUAAAGUUGAAGACCCUGCCUCGCCAUCUUUCUUUACUAAGCUACAAGAGAUAGCUUCAGCUAAUACUGAUAUUUAUAAGAAAGUGUUUGGAGGAAAGGUGGAGCUGAACAAUGAUGUUCAUAAUCUUGAAGAUCUUGCCCAGUGGCGGCAAGUUCCCGGACUCAUUGAAACAGAUGUAGCAGCUGCUGAAAAAGAAUUGGAAAAUAUUGUUGGGAACUUUGUUGUGAAUCCUACUCUGUUCUUGAAGGAUUAUCUGAAGCCGCCCAAACUGAGGAGUAUCAUUGGAAUCUAUCAAGACAUAGAUGUGUCUUAAUGACUGGGAACUAACGUAAAGUAAUAAUGAACUGUACAAUAGGACAUAAGAUGUGCCUUUGCAUGUACUAGUAUGUACAUGUACAAUAAUUAGCUAGUACUAGUACUAGUAUUGCAGGUUUUUCUUUAGUUUUUUGUACUUUUUUCUUAAAAAUUAAUUGUUAAAUAAUAUAUGUCAUUCAAGGAUUAACAGUGUCUAUACAGUA